AACAAAUCCGGAAGAAGAGUGUUGAUCACUUGACCGGUAGCGGAUUCCUACUGUUUAGGAUAAGUUUUUGUUUUAUGUCUUUGUCGUUUUCCUCUUUUCUUUUGAUACACAUAUUCGCGGGAAUAAUUGCAUCUUAACAACUGGUUCACAUACACUGUAAUGUUACAAACUUUUUUUUAUAAUUGGUAAUGCUCGGCUUUCAUGAGAAAUCUGGACUCAACGCUUUAACAUUUAUUUUGCAAUAAGAACCUUAUUUUUUGACAUUAUAAGUUAAUCGUUGUCUGUAUAAACUGUCUCGGCAUAUUUGACAAUGGGUUGUGUCUGUUCGCGCUGACACUUUCAUGUGUUUUCCAAACUCUAAACAUAAAUGGUUUAUAAAUCAUUGAAGUAUUAGAAACUGAUUAACGUGGAUAAGCAACGGAAUAUGGCUACAUCUGAGAUGAUGCUGAGUCUUGGACUAAUUGUAUGACUUUCAUCUGUUGAACACACAAGGGGAAGUUAGUCAAAGUGACAAUCAGUCACCAUUUACUUGCAUCAUGUGGGAAAUAGAGUGAAAGUGAAUGGUAACUGAGACUCUCCCCAGUAUUCGGUCUAACAUUUCAUUUUGUGAGAAAGAUGUAAAUGCAGACACGCUUUGGGUUUGGUGUUAUCCUUCCAUCACUGCUGAUCUGCGAGAGAUUCUGUUGAGAAAAUGUUGCCUACCGUUGAACAAUCAGGUGCUGCACACAUUUGUGUUUGGACAAUACUGCCGAACCUGGUACUACAUCACCACUGUCGAGGUUCAGGAGCCAACUGCACUUAAAAAGGUGACUCAUUUCUCAAUAGUUAUCACAGCUAAGGACUUCAACCCUGAAAAAUAUGCUGCAUUCAGUAGAGUUCUGUGCAGGACGUAUAUCAAACAUGGAAGUCCUGUGAAGAUGAUGGAAUGCUACAUUGCUGUUCUGACCAAAGGGAUAUGCCAGAGUGAUGAGAACGGCUCCUUCCUUAUCAAAGAUUACGACGUCAGAAAGGCCUACCUGGCUGGAUCCUUAAAAGAUGUUGUGUCACAGUUUGGUAUGGAGACCAUCAUCCUUUAUACAGCACUAAUGUUGAAAAAAAGAGUAGUGGUCUAUCACCCACGUAUUGAGGCGCUGCUGGAGUUCACAAGAGCUCUUCCUGGAUUGGUAUGGCAUAGAAAAGACUGGUCCAUCCUCCACCCCUUUGUUCACCUGAAUGAAAAUGAGCUGGAAAACCUCAAACUGUGUACAGGAUAUGUUGCUGGGUUUGUCGAUCCUGAAGUCCGAGACAGAUCAGAUCUGUUUGAUGUGUAUGUUAAUCUUCCAGACAGUGAAAUCACUGUGUCACAAAGUGCCAAAGAGGCAAUGGCUAUGGGAAAACUCCAUAAAGAGAUCGGCAACUUCAUUCUCCAAGCUGCAGAGGACACCGAUCGCAUAGAUGCACAGGUUAUUAAGGAUAUUUCAGUAAAAACUAAGGAGAUCCUCUGUAACCUGAAGUCUCUUGCUGAUGAAGCGGAGAACUCUAAGUUGACUUUGGAGACCCUGAAGCAGCGGCACUACCCUCCAGCGACGGAGAACUUCCUCUUUCACUUAGCUGCCGCUGAGCAACUCCUGAAGAUCUGACCAAUCAGUGCAUCUCGUCCAACUGGCAUGCCUCACAGUAACUGAUCCGAGAGGAACUUACCAUUCAUUGUGGAAUCAUAAAUUAACUAACAUUUGAAAUAAUCUGCAUGUCUAAUUUCAGGUGUUCUGAACAGGGCAAAGGUCAUUUAAGAACAUAAAGAUUUGUUAUAAAGAUAUAAAAUACAGCUAUAACAUGAUAGCUAUACCUCAUGGGUGUAAUUAUAUUGAAUGUAACAUUUCUAAGUGGUUUGAGAUAAAUAAUUCAGAAUCAAACCUUUUGGUAGCACUUGGAUUUAUAUGCUGUCCUCUGUAAGCAUUCCUUAGGUAUCUAAUUAUUAAGUUUUUCUUAACCUUAAUUUGGCAUGCUGUUUGUACUUUUAAAAUAUUUCAUCAUUGCACGUCAAUGUGAAAGGGAUGACGGUUGCCUAGUUCAUGCCUAACUAAAAGACAUUUGUUAUGCUGUUAAAUAAUAAUAAUAAUGUUAUGUUAAUUGUUCAGUGAAAACUAAAAUACAGUUGCUCUAAUUAGGGUCCCAUUAAAUUAUGUAAAUAAAUGAAACACUGAAAAUCAGUUUUACUUAACUAUUGAGUGCCAAAACCUCAGCUUAAAGUUAUGAUGUUAAUUAAAAAACCUGUAUGUCUAUUGAUUUAAGAAAUCUUUUUAUCAUUAUAUGUUCAAAUGACAAAAGACAUUCCCCAUUAUAGAUGGCACUAUGUUCCCACAUUUUGCAUUCCUACUGGUUGCUCAUAUUAUUGAUUUUGACUUUAUACAUUUUUGAUUAAUCUCCUUUUUAAUUUGACAGCCCCUUGUUAUCAAGGGCUAUUCUCCGUGCCUAAACAGAUCAUACAUGAUAUUCUGAUCAUAUGUGUGCAAUAUAUCCUGAAAGAAGAUGUUCAAACUGUAUUCUCAGAUUUCUUAACCACUGUCCUCAUCCUUUACAUAGUCAUAAAAUGCUGUUUUGUCUGUGACCAUUAAAUGUAUAUAUAAAAAAUGUA